CUAUAUGUAACAUAUUAAUAUAAUAAUGUCAAAUCAAGUAAAGAUUUAGAUUUCUUGUUUUCCAAUAAACCCAUCAUGUCUGCAUUUUUAUUAUUAGUACAAUUGAAUUAAAGAUAAAUAAAAUAUUACAAUUCCAAAAUAUUUAGGGGCAAUUUUGUAAAAUUAUAAUGAUAAUAAAGUAUUUCUAUAUUAGAAAAAAUAAUGUCCAUAAUUGAAAAAUAAGAUAUGUUAAAAUCAAUAUUAGAAACAAUGAACCUUUUCUAGAUAUAUACAUAAAUAGGGGAGUAAGGGCGACAUAUACACACAACUUUUACAAUCGCUCUUCAUUUUUAAACUUUUUUUUUUUUUUUUUAGUAGGUCAUUGUGUGAAACGGGUGGAGGAAUCAUGGGUCGUCGCAAAAUUGAGAUUGAGAUCGUGAAAGAUCCUAACACGAGGCAGGUCACAUUCUCAAAACGUCGAACAGGUUUAUUCAAGAAAGCAAAUGAGUUGUCCAUUUUGUGCGGAGUAGAGAUCGCUAUUGUUGUGUUUUCUCCUGGGAAUCGACCUUACUCUUUUGGUCACCCAGGAAUUAAUGUUGUUGCUGCCAAGUAUCUCCAACAAGAGCCUGAACUAAGUGAUUCCCUAGGGAACCCCUCCUCUGAUGCACCUGAUAUAGAGAAACUGAAUCUAAAACUUGUUGAGGCCUCCUCUGAUGCACCCGGUAUAGAAAAAUUGAAUCUAGAACUUACUGAGGUGUUGACACAAAUUCAGGAAGGUGAAAAGCAGAACGAGACCCAUGAUGAGAUUCUAAAGCAAGACAAUGUGAUGAAACUCUCUGAGCUUAAAGAAUUGAGAGAUUCGUAUAAAGAGCUUCACGAUUUGGUGAAAUUACGUCUUAGUGAUAUCGAGAUAUCAGUAUGCAUGAUGCUUUUAGCUCAGGAUCCAGUGGUAGGAAUAAAAGAAAAAUCUGCAAGAAAGAAAAGAAGAAAAAAUUAAUUCUUUACAACAACUAAUUUUAAUUUAUGUUCUACUUUUUUGGUGAUAGAUUAUAUCUGCAUGUCUCUCUGAAACCUUGUUUGGCAUGUCCCACACCGUUAAAACGAAGCAGGAGAGAAAACAGUAUCAGUGAUG